AUGGGGACGGAUAGUGAAAAGGUGAUGGAAAUGGAAAAGGAGCCAGCAAUUGAGUCUAUUUCAUGUCCGACAAGAGAAAAAGAGCCUACUCCAAAUGUUGAGAAGAGAACACCGCCACUGUUGAAGGAGUACGUUCCCCGCCUUCCUUACCCAUCAAGAUUGAAGAAUAAUCGCACGAACGAACAAUUCAAGAGAUUUAUGGACUUGUUGAAGCAAUUGCACAUCAAUGUACCGUUUGUUGAAGCCUUAUCUCAAAUGCCAAAGUUUAGACUUUCUGACCUUAAACCAACUAGGAUGACAUUGCAACUAGCUGACCGCUCUAUUAGACAUCCUACGAGAAUCAUAGAAGAUGUUUUGGUUAAGGUUGACAAAUUUAUUUUCUUGGUAGAUUUUGUAAUUCUAGAUCUAGAUGAGGAUGUUGAAGUGCCCCUCAUUCUUGGUAGGUCAUUCCUAGCCACCUCCCAAGCCCUCAUUGAUGUUGGCAAUGGUAGAAUGACACUUAGGGUUGGGGAUGAGGAAGUCAUAUUUGCUUUAUCAGAUGAAAUCUUGCAGAAUGAGGCUUUAGAGGAGUUAUUGGAUGACCCUCACAUUGAAGAGGCCACUCUUUGCUUACACCAACCGUGA